GGGCGGGCGGGGCGUUGUCCCCGGGGACCGCCCCAGCCCCCAGGCCCCGGGCCCCCCGGCGGUGUCCGCACUGUCCGCACUGCCCGCACCUCUCCCGCCGCCCUGCCGCCGGUGGCCAUGUCCGCGGCCGCCUCCCCGCCGCGGGCCGAGCGGGCGCGCUGGGGCCUGGGCCGUCUGGGGGGCGCCCGCGGGGGCAACGCCCCGGCCAGGAAGGGCGCCUUGGCGCUGGAGCUGGAGGGCGGCCCCGGGCUGUUCGCGGCCCCCGCGGCCCCCGCGCCCCCCGAGCCGCGGCCGCCGGUCAGCCUGGACCCCCGCGUGUCCAUCUACAGCGCGCGCCGCCCGCUGCUGGCCCGCACCCACGUCCAGGGCCGCGUCUACAACUUUCUCGAGCGGCCCACGGGCUGGAAGUGCUUCGCCUACCACUUCGCGGUCUUCCUCAUCGUGCUGGUCUGCCUCAUCUUCAGCGUGCUGUCCACCAUCGAGCAGUAUGUUGCCCUGGCCACGGGGACCCUCUUCUGGAUGGGCCGUCUCUCGGGGACGCCUGAUGCUGGCGUCAGCCCCAGCAUGGAGCGGCUCGUGCCCGUGUCCCCGCAGGAGAUCGUGUUGGUGGUGUUCUUUGGGACGGAGUACGUGGUCCGUCUCUGGUCGGCAGGCUGCCGCAGCAAGUACGUGGGCCUCUGGGGCCGGCUGCGCUUCGCCAGGAAGCCCAUUUCCAUUAUUGACCUCAUUGUCGUGGUGGCGUCCAUGGUCGUCCUCUGCGUGGGCUCCAAAGGACAGGUCUUUGCCACCUCGGCCAUCAGGGGCAUCCGCUUCCUCCAGAUCCUCAGAAUGCUGCACGUCGACCGCCAGGGGGGCACCUGGCGCCUCCUGGGCUCCGUGGUCUUCAUCCACCGCCAGGAGCUGAUCACCACCCUGUACAUCGGCUUCCUCGGCCUCAUCUUCUCCUCCUACUUCGUGUACCUGGCGGAGAAGGACGCCGUCAACGAGGCCGGACGCGUGGAGUUUGGCAGCUACGCCGAUGCCCUGUGGUGGGGGGUGGUGACAGUCACCACCAUCGGCUACGGCGACAAGGUGCCCCAGACGUGGGUGGGAAAGACCAUUGCCUCCUGCUUCUCCGUCUUUGCCAUCUCCUUCUUUGCGCUCCCAGCGGGCAUCCUGGGCUCUGGCUUUGCCCUCAAGGUUCAGCAGAAGCAGCGGCAGAAACACUUCAACCGCCAGAUCCCGGCAGCCGCCUCCCUCAUCCAGACGGCGUGGAGGUGCUACGCGGCAGAGAACCCCGACUCGUGCACUUGGAAGAUCUAUGUCCGCAAAGCCCCCCGGAGCCAUGUGCUGCUGUCCCCCAGCCCCAAGCCCAAGAAGUCCGUGAUGGUGAAGAAGAAGAAGUUCAAGCCGGACAGAGACAACGGCCUGAGCCCGGGAGAGCGGACGCCGACUGUGCCGCACGUCACGUGUGAGCCCGCAGCUGAGGAGCACAAGCCCGUCCACUUCUCCGUGGAUGGUUACGACGCUCCUGGCAAGAAGAGCCCGGCGCUGCUGGAGGUGAGCGCGGCCCCCUUCCCGCGCAGCGGCAGCUUCGCCGAGGACCUGGACCUGGAGGGCGAGACGCUGCUGGCGCCCAUCACCCACGUGUCGCAGUUGCGGGAACACCACCGAGCCACCAUCAGGGUCAUCAGACGCAUGCAGUACUUUGUGGCCAAGAAGAGGUUCCAGCAAGCCCGGAAGCCCUACGACGUGCGGGACGUGAUUGAGCAGUACUCACAGGGUCACCUCAACCUCAUGGUUCGCAUCAAAGAACUGCAGCGCAGGCUGGACCAGUCCAUUGGGAAGCCUUCGUUCUUCAUCCCCGUCUCAGAGAAGAGCAAGGACCGCGGCAGUAACACCAUCGGAGCCCGGCUGGGCCGCGUGGAGGACAAGAUGGCCCAGCUGGACCAGAGGCUCCAACUCAUUACGGACCUGCUGCACCAGCUACUGACCCUGAGCCACUCCGGGCCCCCCGCUGACGGCCCCCUGGGAGCAGGGCCCCCCGCGCUUGGCCCCGAGCAUUUCCUGCCCAGCAACGCCCUGCCCACCUACGAGCAGCUGACCGUACCCCGCAGGGCCCCCGACGAGGGCUCCUGAGCCGGACGCUACAGCCAACGGGGGCCGGUGGUGGGGGUCAGGGCCGCACCCCUGCAAGAACAGCCCGCUGGGCUCUGGGCGCCCAGGACUCAGGGACCAGGGGACAGGCCGCCACACUGCAGGGACGGGGCCAGGGCUAUGUCCAGCGGCCACACCCACUUCUGUGCCACGGCCGGGUGGCUGCUGGCCUGUCCACCCCCGUGCACCUGGGAGUGGGUUGCUGCCCCCCUGUUGGACUGAUGGGGAGGAGGGUGCUGUCCCUGCCUGUCCAUGCAGCAGGGCAGAUGUGGGUGCCCCCUCGCCCACCUUGGGGCAGCGGACAGUGGGAAGGGCCAGUCUGCAUGAUCGGGAGGCUGGCCGGUGGGUUCAUGUGUGAUCUGACUGCUUUUCUGAAUAAACAUGGAGGGAGUCACAGGGUGA